AUGAGAAAAAUUAUUUAUUAAAAACAAUAAUAAUCACAACAAGGAAUAUCAAACAAAGAUACUAGAUCUAUUUCAUCUAUGCAUUCCAGAGGAAUUACUCAUUCCAAUUACAUUUUAACUUCUCGAUAAACUCAACCCAAAUUUCAAAUUAAAAAACUUUAACUUUUACCAAAACCUGAAGUUCCAAGCCUAAAAAUUAUUAAGAAUUAAACACACAGCUAAUUUAAAUAAGAUAACAUAAGCAUUCAAGAUGGAUAUAGUCCUGGAAUUUACUCUUAAAGAACUUCAAGUCAAUAUUAACAAAAUCUGAAUAGUUACAUGUCUUCAAAAAGAUCUAUAUACAAAUCAUGUAUUUGCUUACUUAUAAAAAUUUAGAAUAAAUAUAAAACUAUGAAUCUUAAGUCUAAAUUUAUAAUACAGCAUUGAAUCAAAUGAUUUAUAGAAAUGAUUAAAAAGAAUUAAUGGAUUUUGAUAAUCGAUAUUAUCGAUGUGCCAGAUAAAGAAGACUUAGAGAAAUCAUUUAAUUUUUAUUAAAAAAAUCAAAAGAAUUACAAAUUUCACUACAAGAUUUAAUUGAUAAUAAAAUUACAUAGAAUAAACCUUAUUAAUAAUAGGGAUCAUUUGCUUUUUUAUUUUAUGUUAAAAAAGGAGUUACCGACAAAGUAGAAGAAAUGCUUGGUGUAAAUCCACUAUACGUUCAUGAUUUUGAUGAAAAAAAUAUGACAGCAUUGCAUAUAGCAACAAAAAAAUAAUCAUUUAUCAUGAUUAAAAUAUUACUAUCAUAUGGUGCCAGCAUUUUAAGUAAAGAUUUAAAUAGAGAAACUGCAUUAUCAAUUGCUAUUCAAUCAAAUUAAUAAGAUGUUGUUAAAGUAAUAAUCUACAUAUUUUAAUGUAGUUAUUUUUAUCGGUAUAAUGUCCAAAUGAUCUAGAGUAUCUAAAUUAUACUCGAAUAACUAAAAACAAGUAAAUUAAAUAUUUGCUUAAGAAAGCUAAACUUUAAGAUUUAGGAAAUAGAUGCUCUAAAUUAAAUUAAUUUGAUAUGUUUAAUCAUAAUUUCCAAUAAAGUUAUUGA